AUGGAAAAUUACCAUCCAUUAGCUGGAAUUCCUGGAGGAAAGAUGAUGCAAGGACAAUUAAAUAAUAAUAAUCAGUGGUCACAACAUCGACAUUUUUCAGCUAGCCCUGAUGGAAUGGAAGUUCCAAAUAUUUGUGUGACUGGUACAGAUGGUUCUCUUGACGUUGAUUGUUUUCAGGAUCUACAAGAUUUGCAUUUGGACAGUGAAACACUUCAAAUGUUAAAAGACCAGACGGACCACGAAAACAUGGUGGACCCAGCAUGUGAAACUCAAUUGCUCAGUUGA